AGUUUCUUCCUGCUGUUUCUGGUUUCUACACGGAGGGGUUUCUGCACGGGACGGAAGUGACGCAGUAGCCUCACUUUUUGAACCGCGCGCUGCAGAAAAAUAAACUCUUUGUUAUUUUUGUUAAAAUUCAGUGAAAAAUUGUCCGUUUUUGGAGUAAAAAUGGCGACGAAGCGAAAAUGUGAUGCGACUGUUCCCGCGGAGGAGAGCGACCAGCUGCUCAUCCGCCCUCUAGGAGCCGGACAGGAAGUGGGGCGCUCCUGCAUCAUCUUGGAAUUCAAAGGACGUAAGAUUAUG